AUGGGAAGGCCUCCAUGUUGUGAUAAAUCCAAUGUGAAAAGGGGUUUAUGGACUCCUGAAGAAGAUGCUAAAAUACUUGCUUAUGUAUCUAAUCAUGGAAUUGGAAAUUGGACAUUGGUUCCAAAGAAAGCAGGGUUGAAUAGAUGUGGUAAGAGUUGCAGGCUAAGAUGGACAAAUUACCUAAGACCUGAUCUCAAGCAUGACAGUUUUACACUUCAAGAAGAAGAGCUCAUUAUUAGUCUUCAUGAAGCUAUAGGAAGCAGAUGGUCUUUAAUUGCAAAAAGGCUACCUGGUAGAACAGACAAUGAUGUCAAGAACUAUUGGAAUACAAAACUAAGAAAGAAGCUUAUGAAAAUGGGAAUUGAUCCAAUAACUCAUAAGCCAGUUUCACAAGUCCUUUCUGACUUGGGAAGCAUUAGUAGCCUCUCAAAGAAUGAAAACUUGAUGAUGAAAAACAUGAUACCAACAAGAAUUGAACCUUCAAAUUCCAAAAAGAACUUAAUUUUGGAACAAAAACAAGAGGAACAAGCUCAACCAUUGGAACAUCAAGUGCAAUAUCAUCAAGUUCAACAUGUCUUAAGUGAAGUUGCAUCUUCAAGUUCAUCUACGUCUUCUUCUAAUCUAACAAGGUUGAAUUUACCAAAUUCCUACUCUUGCAACAAAACUUCAUCACAAGCUCAAAUGAACCCUACUUGUUCUAGCUUUGAUUGGAGUGAAUUUCUUCACAGUGAUGACCCUUUUAUGUUUCAAGAGCUUCAACAAUGUGACAUACAAAGGGUUAUGUCAUCACUGAAUUUCUCAAGUUUAAUGCAAAGUGAAGGUGAAAUUUUUAAUGAUUCUAAUAGCAAACUUGCAAGUGAAGAUUUUGAUGAUGUUGAUUGUGUUGCAAGUAAGGAAUAUCAAAUCAAUAACCAAUUUGACCAAGGACAUUCAUUUUCAGGGAAUUCAUUUGUGGACGGUAUUUUGAACAAGGAUAGUGAGAUAAUAAAGGCAACUUUUCCUUAUACUUUUGAUUAUUAA